CCCCGUAUCGUUGGGCGGGGAACGUCUUUUCUGCAGCUAUGGCUGCUGCUGCCCCGACGGUGAACGACUCUGCAUCCCCGGUUUUAGUCGACUUUAGUUGGCGGACCUGGAGAUUAAACUCCGUCGGACGAGGAGGAGCAGUGGUGUCAUCGUCGGCGGAUUGCAUGCUAUCGGAAGAGCAUGGAAGAGGGAAAAUAGAGAAAGAAAACACCAGCUUCAUUUGCAGAAAGCUCGAGCAUAAAUAGAGACCUGAGUCCCGCUUUUCUGGUUGCUUUUCUUCUUCAUCCAGCAUCGCAAGUCUCUCAAGCAUCGCCUGGUUCGAUCAUCUCACUCUUCCCAUCACUAGCCUUGCCAAUAAGUUAGCUCUUCAUCCUUUCGAAGAAACCAAUCCUCCAACCGUCAAAAUGAAGUUCUCUACCAUCCUGACCGGCUCCCUCUUCGCCACUGCCGCUCUGGCUGCUCCUCUCACUGAGAAGCGCCGUGCUCGCAAGGAGGCCCGCGCCGCUGGCAAGCGUCACACUAACCCUCCCUACGUCCCUGGUUCCGACAAGGAGAUCCUCAAGCUGAACGGCACCUCCAACGAGGAGUACAGUGAGAACUGGGCUGGUGCCGUCUUGGUCGGCACCGGCUACACCAAGGUCACUGGCGAGUUCACUGUACCCAGUGUCUCUGCUGGUUCUAGCUCCUCCAGUGGCUACGGCGGUGGCUACGGCGGGGGCUACGGCGGGGGCUACGGUGGUGGCUACGGCGGUGGCUACGGCGGUGGCUACGGCGGCGGUGGCUUCGGCGGCGGUGGCUUCGGCGGCGGUGGCUUCAAGAACAAGGCCAAGAGACAGUCCACGGAGUACUGCGCCUCCGCCUGGGUUGGUAUCGACGGUGACACCUGCGAGACCGCUAUCCUCCAGACCGGUAUCGAUUUCUGCUACGAGGAUGGCCAGACUUCCUACGAUGCCUGGUACGAGUGGUACCCCGACUACGCCUACGACUUCGACGACAUCACCAUCUCCGAGGGUGACAGCAUCAAGGUCACUGUUGAGGCCACCAGCGACAGCAGCGGUAGCGCUACCAUUGAGAACCUGACCACUGGCCAGUCCGUUACCCACACCUUCAGCGGCAACGUUGAGGGUGACCUUUGCGAGUACAACGCCGAGUGGAUCGUUGAGGACUUCGAGUCCGGUGACUCCCUUGUUGCUUUCGCUGACUUCGGCUCCGUUACCUUCACCAAUGCUGAGGCCACCAGCGGCGAUUCUACUGUCGGCCCCGCUGACGCCACCAUUAUGGACAUUGAGCAGGAUGACACUGUCCUCACCGAGACCUCCGUCACCAGCGACAGCGUCACUGUCAAGUACAUCUAAAUGCAUCCCUAUGCAUGAGAUAUCGGUCGCUUCAAUGUCUUCGUCCAGACGACAAACCCGGGGAUGAAUGAAAAAUGAGUGAUGAGC